AUGUGGCCAAAGAAGAGUGAACAAUGGCGAAGUGCCUGGGGCUAUGAUUUUGAGUGGACCCCUGAACACCUUACUGAGGAGCAGGUGCGACCCUUGAUAUUCAGUUAUGACACGCUUGCUAGCGAGUGCCUAGAGCGUCUAGAUCAGUUGUCGCCCCAGCCGAUACGCACGCAGCCCAAGAGAGCCUCGGGAACUGCUGGCGACGCGGAAGGUGAGGAUGGGAAACAUCCCAAUCUGUAUGAGCUACUCGAACGUCAUAAGGGCGACGAUGAGAGCCUCCAGACGCUAUGGCAGGAGGUCAACACCGUUCCCGAAUGGGUUGAUUGGCACCAGAUCGAGCGAGGCCAGAGGGUAUUUUACCGGUAUGCGGGACCUACCAUCAUAGCCCUCACCUUCCAAUCCCUCCUGGGCGGCAUGGGUGGUCGGCGAGUUGUCGAGACACUGUCCCGGACUGGCGGGUUCGGGAUAAAGGUCGCUCGACGGCGGCUCUUGGAAACCUUCCAGCACCUCCUUGAAGUAACUCGGGACAUCGACUCGAUCAAGCCCGGCGGCGGGGGGUUUGCCUCGUCCAUCAAGGUCCGCUUUCUCCACGCAUCGGUCCGCAGGCGGAUCAUACAGCUCGCCCAGCAGAAGCCCGAAUACUACGACGUCAACCAAUACGGCGUCCCCAUCAACGACCUCGACAGCAUCGCCACCAUCAUCUCCUUCUCAGCCACGCUGAUCUGGAUUGGCUUCCCCCGACAGGGCAUAUACCUCCGGGAGCAGGAAGCCGCCGACUACAUCGCCCUGUGGCGCUGGGUGGCGCACCUUCUCGGCACGCCCACCGACCCCUUCUCCACCCCAGCCCGGGCCAAGGCCAUGAUGGAAUCCCUCCUGACCACCGAGAUCCACCCAACCGAGACCUCCCGCAUCCUAGCCAACAACAUCAUCGCCAGCCUGCAGGACCGACCGCCCACUUACGCCAGCGCCGCCUUCCUCCAGGCCGAGGCGCACUGGCUCAACGGGCACGCCCUCGCCGACGCCCUGGCCGUGCCGCGCCCGCCCCACCACCACACCGCCCUCGUCGCGGGCCAGUGCCUCUUCUUCAUGGCGACCUGCUACCUGCGCCGCUGCGUGCCGGCCUGGGACGACGCCGCCAUCGCACGCUUCCGCCUCCGCCUCCGCCGCGUCGUCGCCGAUAUGGCCGACGGCGGCGCCGUGGGGGACGCUGCGCACGAGUUUAGGUACGUGCCCGCCUUCGGCCUGACGACGACCCGUGGGGGCGGCGAGGCGGAGGAUGGUGAGGAGGGGGCGGGGGCGGGGAGGGGGAAGGGCGUCGAGAUGCGGAACCUCGGGGCGCUGCUGGUGGGCGCCGGCGUUGGGGGGAUGUUGGCUUGGAUUGGCGUGAGGAGCGCCUUGAGCAUGCUGUGGAGGUUCUAA